ACACAAACAUAACUUAAUAGCUACAUGGUCAUCUAUAGGCAGUUUAAAUAUUAAACAUUCAUGCAUUUCAGUCUUAAAUAAUAAGUGUCUGGAAAUAGACAUAGUAUGACAAAAUGUGGUCUUACUUUUCCGGUCUUUAUGCUUUAAAUACACACACUAUAACCCGCAUUCUCUGAAAGUCUCUGUUAAGUCCUACAAAUAAAUACUUAGGAUUAAAUGUAUGCAGAAUUAGAUGUAAGAUGGGGCUUUUAUAAUGUUUGAAGUGAUCAUUAAUAUUUCUUAUGAUAUUUUAAUAUGAUGCAAGAGUAUAAGAGUUUUAGAGGAGUGUGAGUUGGCUUCUCUCUGUGAGAUCCGGGAGAUGCUGCUGUACUCGCGGCUUUUGCAGAUUCUUUACCGUCUCCACGACAACCACAACCUGACGCAACUUACGCCCCUCCUCCAUUCAAGCCUCUCAUCUCAUUCAAGAAACAAGUGUGGUGGAGUAAGAGCAGUGUUAUUGUGCUCUCCUCUAGAGCAGGACGCGAGGAGUACAAGUGCCUGACAAACUACUAUGAAGGAAAGGACCAGGAAGCAAGAUGUGUUAGGACUGCUACGCUACGGGGACGAUACUGCUGGAAAAAUGGAAGCUCAAUAUCUGCAUUGUUGAUUUAUUUUAUAGCCCCACAGACAUACCAUCCUGGUUACUGCAAGCAAAUCCAAAGGUCUACUGUAUGUUUAUUGAUCCAACAAGGCAAUGAGAUCAUCUGACCACAUAAAUUGAUUUUCACUGUUUAUUUUUGGUGACUCUAACCACUUCCUCAAAAGGCCAUGGAUGCCAGCUCAAUACCUCAGAUUAAUAUAGAGGACUGUGAUGGCCUUGAGGCUGCCCCAGAUGAUCAUUUGAGAAACCUGAAAGCACUGACUGAGAAGCUCAGGCUUGAGACCAGAAGGCCGUCUUAUCUUGAGUGGAAGGAACGAGUGGAAGCUCAAAGCUCCAAAGGCUUAGCCGUGUCAGAGGACUCAUCAGAGCUGGAGAAAGGUGCUGGACUGAAGCCUGACGUCACACCUCAGAAUUCCCAAGAGACUGCAGGAAAUGCCCUGAUUUCUAGAAGCCUUGGAGGAUUUGAUAAUAUUGACGAAGCUCUGGUUUGGCUUAGAAAAGAACUGAUGGAGAUGCGCAUCCAGGACCAGCAGUUGGCCCGCCAACUUAUGCGACUACGCGGUGACAUCAACAAACUCAAAGUGGAGCAGACGUGUCAUCUGCAUCGCCGGAUGCUCAACGACGCCACCUUUGGCCUGGAGGAGCGUGACGAGCUGUCGGAUCUUUUGUGUGAUGGACCCGUCACUCCAGGGUUUGGACUCUCUUCACCACUGCGCCUCAUUGGUGUCACCAAGAUGAACAUCAACUCCAGACGCUUUUCCCUUUGCUAGCCAUUUAACGCAUGACCCAACUGCAAAAGAAAGGCUUAGCCGAAUUAGUGACUCAAAAAGUGAAUGAUCCUGAAGUGAAUGAUCUUAGACAACUGUUUUGGAACCCAAGAGAACUGUUGUCACAGAACAUCCUGUGCCUCUUGCUCUAUGUUCUUGUGCCAGUCAAACCUUUUCAGUUAAUCAAAUGAACAAUAGACAAUGUCUGAUCCACUAGCCAUGGCUCUAUGCCUUAGAUACAGUCCUUGUUGUGGUCAUGAGAUAUCAAAUGAUGUUGCUUACCACACACAUGCUCUGUUUCAAAACCUUGUACACUAUCAAAUGCGUAAAGACUGUUCCAAAAUAGGCAUCUUAAUUAUAGUGCCUCCAAGACACCUUGCCAAAUUCUAAGGCGGCAUUCAUGGUGAAAGCAAUCCCAUAAUGCAUUGCGUUAUAAGCUCUGUGAACAUUGCAGACAAGGCAUUAGAAAUGUUGAUUAUUAAUAAAGGUACAUAUCAUUUAAUAUUGAAAAGUAUUGAUGAAUGUAAUUUAAAUUGAUUAUUUUAUAAUAAUUUUGUGUUCUGUGUAUUUUUUUUAAUGCUUAUCAGUGCUUUAGCUUAGCAACAUGUUAAUGCCAACAGUACACAGCCAUUUUUUCAGCUGCCUUCAUCCCAGAAUUUUUUUUUUUCCCAUUCAUUUUUCCCCUAUGGAUUUUAAAACGUUUUCAUUAAAGAGUUAUAAGCCAUAAACCAAACCAACCUGCUAUGAAAUGAAUCACAAUAUGAUGAAGCAAAAACAUUUCUGAAAAUCAAACAAAAAGACAAAGGUUCAAGACUGUGUACUUAUUGACUUUAUUAAGGAAAAUAAUUACAAUCCCAUGAAUCAUUGUGGUUGUGAUUGAGAUCAUUUUCACCAGGAAUUCUACCUCUAAACAUGAUUUUUUUUUUAAAAACUGAGUAAUGCAGGCUGAUGGUUUCAACAAAAGCAUGUACCAUCGAUUAACAACCUUGAAGCUCACAGAAGGCUUUUCUUUAAUGGUUUAUAAGUUAUUGUAAAAAAUCAGUUCCCCAACAGAGAAAAUGAUUGGUAUUUCACUUCCUGAACCAGAAUGUUGCACUCUGUUGAAAUAAAAUGAAUCAAAUCUC